GCUACUUCCUGUUUGCUACCUCGGCACCGCAACGACAGAGCUGCGGUUUUCAACAAAACUUUCCUCAUGACUGUGAAUAUUCUACCCCCGUUAGGAUAACAACGCUGUCAAUGGUGACCAUGGCUGAACGGGAAGAGCGACGCUUUGCUGAAGUUUCCCGGGACUCUGUCAAACUCAUGGCCGACAGUGCCGGUGUGGAGCUCGGCGACGACGUUGCUGCUCUGCUGGCUGAGGACGUUUGUUAUCGUCUGAGGGAGGCCACGCAGAGCAGCUCUCAGUUCAUGAGACAUGCCAAGAGAAGAAAGCUGACAGUGGAAGACUUUAACAGAGCUCUACGCUGGAGCAACGUGGAGGCCGUCUGUGGUUACGGCUCCUUAGAUGCCCUUCCGUUCCGCUCAGUAAAGGAUGGCGAGUUGUUCUUUACUGAGGAGCGUGACAUCAACCUGGUGGAGUUGGCUCUGGCCACCAACAUUCCCAAAGGCUGCGCUGAAACCAUGGUGCGAGUGAGUGUGUCGUACCUGGAUGGGAAAGGCAACGUGGCGGCUCAGGGAACAGUUCCCUCAGCGGUUCAGUCUUUGUCGGAUGACCUGUUAAAGUACUACCAGCAGAUCACACGGGCCAUCCUGGGAGAGGACCCCCACCUCAUGAAGGUGGCUCUGCUUGACCUCCAGUCCAACUCCAAAAUGGCCGCCUUGCUUCCAUACUUUGUGUACGUCAUCAGUGGGGUGAAGUCUGUGAGCCACGACCUGGAGCAGCUCAACAGGCUCUUGCACAUGGUGAAGAGCCUGGUCCAGAACCCUUACCUGUAUCUGGGCUCGUACGUGCGUAGCCUGGUGUCCAGUGUCAUGUACUGCAUCCUGGAGCCUCUGGCCGCCUCCAUCAACCCACUCAACGACCACUGGACUCUCAGGGACUAUGCGGCGCUGCUCCUCAGCCACAUCUUCUGGACUCAUGGUGAUCUGGUGAGUGGACUCUACCACCAAAUUCUACUGUCUCUGCAGAAGGUUCUGUCGGACCCCGUGAGACCGCUUUGCUCCCACUACGGUGCUGUGGUGGGCCUCUACGCUCUGGGAUGGAAGGCCGUUGAAAGGGUUCUCUUCCCGCACCUUCCCGCCUACUGGGCCAACCUGCAGGCUGUACUGGACGACUACUCUGUGUCUAAUGCCCAGGUCAAAGCAGACGGACACAAGGUCUACGGAGCGAUCUUGGUAGCAGUAGAGCGCCUGCUGAAGAUGAAAGCGCUGUCUCUGUCCCAGCCGGCAGACACAGGCUCCAGCGCUCUUUUGAACUCUGCAGCAGGCGUUCUGGGUUACCGGGUGAGCUCCCCAGGCCUCAGCCCGCCUCCAGAACCUCACUCCGAGGCUGCCUUGGGAAUCGCCAGCCACCUCCAGGCUGGCAGUGCUGGCUGCCCGUGGGAAGAUUGGACCCCCGUGCCGCUCCCCGCCAUGUACUGUGAGCUCUACUCCUUCUUUGGAGACAGCCUGGCUGUUAGGUUCAGCACUGAACAUGGUUUUGGCGGCGGGCCGGCCCAGCUCGGUGACGCCAGGAAGGAUCCUCUUACACCCCCCUCUAACCAUGACGCUGCCCGGAAGAUGCCUCAGCUCACGGCCAAUUUGAACAUCAGCCCAAGGCAUGAUGGGAGUCCUCGGACCGAGCCGCCACCUCCCAGCCUGGCUCUGACUGGAUCCGGAAGGUCUCUGGCUCGCUCCUCUUCCUCGUCUGUGCAGCGCUCCAGGUCCUCCGCAUCCCGUGCAGGCCAGCGACAGGCGGGUCCUUCUCGGGACGUUUUCCCUAAAGCACGCUUCACGUCUCCUCAGUCGGGGCCUUUGACUUUCUCCUUCCUCAUUGGCGGCAGACAAAUGGGACGUAGUUGCCGAGGCAGACGGCCCUUCCAGACCACGUUUGCUCCAACGCCGGCCCUUGCCACCGUGCCGCCACGCGCCUACGCCCACAAGCUGCCCGUCAUUGGCAGGGUGGGGAAACCUAUUCGCUGCUGGGCUCGCUCGCACUAUUCCCUCCACCUCCCUCUUUAGA